AACUGAACCACCAAUUGGCGAAGAGAGAGAACACAACACAAUACAGUAGCCUCAUCUUCCAACUCGAAACCACGCUCUACUCAGUGUUUUGUGUCUCCUUGCCCUUCCCCCUUUCUCUGCUAAGUGCUAACAGACUCAGAGAGAGUUAAGCGAAGCGGCUAAGGUUAAAAAGGGAACCUCAAUCUCUACCGUCUACAGCUAGCAGAAGUUCAUCAACAAAGGUCAUAUCAAUUAUCGUAUAUUAGAUGGCCAUAACACCUUUUGGUAGUACAUCUGCUGCACAAUGGGGAAUUCGUCCUCAGCUAUUACUAAGAUCCAGCAUGACAGGCAAGGUUGCAUCAUCUAGCCACAAUGUUACAAGCAGGGUAAGCUUUAUGGUUGCCCCAAGUUCAAGCUUUUUGUCUGGGGAUUCCUUCCAUACACUAUUAAAUGUGGGUUCGUCUCAAACUUUGCACCGUCGCAAGGGAUCAAGGUUGAUUGUUAGAGCAGAUACAGAUUAUUAUUCUGUCCUUGGGGUUUCAAGAAAUUCUAGUAAAUCUGAAAUUAAGAGUGCUUAUCGGAAGCUUGCCCGGAAUUAUCAUCCGGAUGUGAACAAAGAACCUGAUGCAGAAAAGAAAUUUAAGGAAAUCAGCAAUGCAUAUGAGGUCUUAUCAGAUGAUGAGAAACGAUCCAUAUAUGACAGAUUUGGAGAGGCUGGACUUAAAGGUUCUGGAAUGGGCAUGGGAGAUUUCAGCAAUCCUUUUGAUCUAUUUGAGUCACUGUUUGAGGGGAUGAAUCGUGGUGCAAGUUCAAGAGGUUCUUGGAAUGGAGCAGUUGAGGGUGAAGAUGAGUAUUACAGUCUUGUUUUGAACUUUAAAGAAGCAGUUUUUGGUGUAGAAAAAGAGAUAGAAAUAAGGCGAUUAGAGAGCUGUGGAACUUGCAAUGGUUCAGGUGCUAAACCAGGGACUACACCAUCCAGAUGUAGCACUUGUGGAGGUCAAGGUCGGGUUGUCACAUCAACAAGAACUCCGUUAGGCAUCUUCCAGCAGUCAAUGACGUGCUCUUCAUGCAAUGGGACUGGGGAAAUUUCAACACCUUGUAAUACAUGUUCUGGGGAUGGUCGAGUGAGGAAGACGAAGCGGAUAAGUCUGAAGGUCCCAGCUGGAGUGGACUCUGGUAGUCGUUUAAGGGUAAAAAAUGAAGGAAAUGCUGGAAGGCGAGGGGGUCCUCCUGGCGACCUCUUUGUUGUUAUUGAGGUUAUCCCAGAUCCUGUCCUCAAACGAGAUGACACCAACAUUUUAUACACAUGCAAGGUUUCUUACAUUGAUGCAAUCUUAGGGACUACAAUUAAGGUUCCUACUGUAGACGGAAUGGUAGAUUUGAAAAUUCCAGCUGGGACCCAACCGAACACAACACUUGUUAUGGCUAAGAAAGGUGUUCCCCUGCUGAAUAAAAACAAUAUGAGAGGUGAUCAAUUGGUUCGUGUGCAGGUUGAAAUCCCUAAAAGACUGAGCAGUGAUGAGAGAAAGCUUAUUGAGGAACUUGCUGAUUUAAGCAAAGGCAAGACUGCCACCGGUCGGAGAUAAUAUUUUGUGGGAACCUGUGUCUCUAUCUAUGUAUUUCUACCCUCGCAAGUAUUCUCCUUUCAUGGAUGCAUCGUUCUUGAUUACACACUUAAGAAGAACUCAGCAGCUAUUGAACUCUGAGAGGGGUGAAAAAUGUGUUGAUAUAUGUUAGUUUAUUUGUCCUUUGAAACACAGGCGGAGAGAACGCAGAAGAAAGUUGAGAUCUUUUUCUUCACUGGAACUUAUACGCUUCUUGUAAUUUAUUUUUGGGAUGGGGUGAUAUUGAAUUAUACUUUAGGUUCAAUGCUAUUUCAAUUUCCAUAAAUGUGGUCGUUUAAGACAAAACCUGAUUAUUAUUAUGUACACAAUUAUCAUACAGAAACAUUAUUUUUUCCUUGUUACUGGAUUUGGA